AACAUUUCUGUGGUGCAUACCGAGUGUGACUGAGCUGUCAACAAUGAGCAUCCUUUGGUAUAUAACUGGUCUGCUACUGCUGCGUUCCUGCACUCCAGGUUUCUCCAUGCAUGAUGGUAUUGUUGGUGGUAAAGUCUCCAUUCCACACAGUCGACCCUACAUGGUCUACAUUCGUGACUCUCAAUCCAAAGCAGUGUGUGAUGGUUUUUUGGUAAGAGAGGAUUUCGUGAUGACAGCCGCCCACUGUAAAUAUAGUCAUCUUAAGGUGUAUUUAGGCGUCAAUGACACCAACUUUUUACCUGACGGUGUAGCUGUAGAUCCAAUUCCACAUCCACAUUUCAUCAACAAUAAACCAGGUCACGACAUCAUGCUUUUAAAGCUUAAAAGCCCACCAGCAACUUUGAAUAAAACUGUGAAGACUGUCCCCUUGCCAGAAAAAGAGAGUCACAAACAUUGCAUGGUCAUGGGUUGGGGCUUGCUGGGUUACCCUGAUGGGUCUCAUCCAUCAAAGGUUCUCAGGGAAGCAAAUGUAACUCUGUUGGACUCUAAAAACUGUGGGACAAAAGACACUCUGUGCAGCGCGGGAAAGAUUGGACCAGCAAUGGGAGACUCUGGAGGUCCACUGGUUUGUGGAGAUGUUGCUCAGGGAAUUGUAUCUUAUUACCGACUGGAGUCAAAUGGAGACCACUGCACAAGAUACACUGACAUUUCCAAAUACCUUCCAUGGAUUCAUGACAAAAUGAACAAAUCGGAGUCUGGCACUUCCUCCAGGGAGCAGCAACAUAAAACAUGGAAGGGCAACCUGGUUAAACUCAUUUAGUUUAAAACAAGUUGUUGGUUGAAUAUGAGUUCAAUCAUCCAUGUUUUUUUUUUUUUUAAUAAAACAUUCAGCACAUCUGUAACAUUAAAUGUGGAAUUUUAAAAUAAAGGCCGACUCUUGUCACUA